CACAUAGUUCUUUAAUUUUUUUUUUCUAAGAUCCCCCGCGUCAGAUCUGGUUCAUAUCUCUUUUGCUCCCAUUGAUUCACGCUUUGCGACCGGAACUAACUUGCUCUCAUUCCACUUGAGCUCGGAGGUCAUUAUCAUGGAGCAAGUCCAGCUUCAAGAUUCCAAGCCCGAGACCGGAACUACUACUAUUGGCGACGGUAACACGAUAACUCACUGCAACCUGCGUAACUGUGCCGUCACCAGCUCUUCAGUGAGGCACAGCGAUUUCUCCGACUGUGUUCUCUCGCACGUGCGCUCAGCAAAGCGAUCAACAGGAACCAAGACGCAUUUCCACCAGGUAUCCUACGCUAGUCGCAGCACCUUCUCCAACAGCGUGGUUCGUGACCGAUCUGCUGUGCAUCGGAGCGAUGUGAAAACGUCUACUGUGAAAGAUGCGAGCAAUUUGAGGCGCAGCACAAUUAUUGGGUCAAAUGUCUGUCACACUUCCGUAUCGAGAACAACUUUGGACGACUGCGAUACCGAGGAGUGCUUCCUUGAACGUUGCACUUUCAAGGGGAUGAUCCUGAAGAAUGGAUACUGGAAAAGAAAUAAACUUAUCAAGAAGGUAGGGGGCAAGGAGCCAAUUUGUAUCAAGAAGGACGGAUCCGGGCCUGUGAAUUAUGCGGCCGCCACAUGUUCAACUACCGUCCCCAUGAUCCCUGAAUUGAGCUCAAAGACCGAGAUGCCUCCUUCAGGACAUGAUCUCCAUCACCUGGACUCCGAUGUCACCCUUGAAAGUGAAGAGUCCGAUGUUUCUCAAGACCUGCCUCCGCCAUACAAAGUCUGAUUUGGCAUGCGACCGAGAGAUUCAAGAACAAAUCAAGCAGUGGUGGUUGGAAUCUUCCAUUCCCUGUAUGAGUUACGACUUUGCUAUGAUAUCAUGUUUAUGUUACCAAUUAUUCAACAGCUUCAUUCACAU